AUGGUGCUCAGGUGGAUCGUUGUGCUCCUGGGUCUGGCGUCGACGGCAGCCAAGCUAACAGGUGAAACAGAAACUGACGUCGACGAAGGCCACGACUGGGACAUCUUCAACAUCAACGAAGCGGCAGGAAUGGACCUGCUGGAAGGAGACAUCGUUCAGGAUGAAACACUCGGCAGAAACUCCAUAUUAUCGGACGCGUACCGCUGGCCGACAACCAUCCCCUACUACCUGGAGGAGAGUCUGGAUAUGAACGCAAAGGGAGUGAUCCUGAAGGCGUUCGACCAGUACAGGCUGAAGACCUGCAUCGACUUCACACCGUGGAGCGGCGAGAAGAACUACAUCUCUGUGUUCAAAGGCAGCGGAUGCUACUCCUCUGUAGGCAACCAGCACGAAGGGAAGCAGCAACUGUCCAUUGGCAACAACUGUGACCGUCUGGGAACCGUCGAGCACGAGUUCCUGCACGCUCUGGGCUUCUGGCACGAGCAGUCCAGAGCUGACCGAGAUGACUACGUCGACAUCGUGUGGGAUCAGAUUGAACCUGGUAAAGAACACAACUUCAAAACCCGCGACGACAGCGAGUCCAGCGCCCUGGGCGUUCCCUACGACUACGGUUCCGUGAUGCACUACAGCAAAACGUCCUUCAACAUCGCUUCCGAGCCAACCAUCGUCACCAAGCUCCCCCAGUUCAUGGAUGUGAUUGGUCAGAGGAUGGGCUUCAGUGCGAGUGACCUCACCAAGCUCAACCGCCUCUACAACUGCACCACGUCUUCAACCUUCGUGGACAGCUGUAACUUCGAGGAGGAGAACAUCUGCGGGAUGGUUCAGGGUCCCAGCAAUGCAAAGUGGGAGCAGCGGAGCUCUGUGACCGGAGGGCCUCAGUCCGACUUCACCAACAUGGGACAAUGUGAAGGGAAAGGCUUCUUCAUGCACUUCAGCACGGCCUCUGCUCCGCCCGGUGAGCGAGCUCUCCUGGAGAGUCGCUGGCUUUACCCCAAACCUGGAGCUCAGUGUCUGCAGUUCUUCCUCUAUAACUCUGGCUCAGCCGACGAUGUCCUCAACAUCUGGGUUCGGGAGUAUGACGGUUCCAACCCCAGCGGUAAACUGAAGCUCUUCAAGAGCAUCUCAGGAGGCGUCAUGGACUCCUGGGAGCUGCAUAACGUAAACCUGGAUGUGACCCAGAAGGCCCGAGUGGUUUUUGAGGCGGUUAGAGGAAACGGUCCGUCGACAGGAGGUCUAUCUCUGGAUGACAUCAACCUGUCGUCCACACAGUGCCCUCAGCACAUCUGGCGCAUCCGCAACAUCAACAACCUGAUGGCCACCACACCAGCAGGAAGCAAACUGUACAGUCCUCGCUUCCUGUCUCCAACGGGUUACUCCUUCCAGGUCGGCGUGUACCUAAAUGGACGCAGCGAUAGUCCAGGCAAGAUGGCCACCUACUUCCACCUAACCUCAGGCCCCAAUGACCACAACCUCAAAUGGCCAUGUCCCUGGCAUCAGGCAACCAUGGCCCUGAUGGAUCAACAGUCUGACAUCAGGCAGCACAUGAGUAUGCACCGGAUGGUCACCACUGAUCCCAACAAGAUGUCCUCUGAUGGCACCGAGUACUACUGGGACAAUCCCCAGAAGGUGGGCUCGAAAGUGACGGAGUCUGACGGCAGCUACUACUAUCGAGGUGCAGGCUACGGAACAAGUGCCUUCAUCACCCACGACAGGCUGAAGAGCAGGAACUUCAUCAAAGGAGACGAUGCCUUCUUCCUCCUCAGUCUGGAAGAUAUAUCUGACCUGUUGAAGCCUCAGUCUGCUGCUCGCAGUCAGAUGAAGGCAGCAGAGGAAUCAGCGCCACAUGGAGCUGCUGGUAACCCCACAGUGGUCACAGCUGUGGCAGCAUCUGCCGGGGCAGCCAUGCUUGUGGUCUCCAUGCUGAUUGUGGGGUUCGCCUGGAGGAUGAGGAGGAGGAGACAGCGGGGGAGUGACGAGGAAGUGAUCGUAGACGACAUGCAAGGAUUCAAGGAAUGACGGGCAAUGAAAGGAAAGGCUGGAUUUGAAGCCGACUCAGCAGAACAGAGGACACAUGACGUCAACGGAUCUCUACAACAAAUUCAUUGGGUUGUUGUGUAAUCUGACUUUGUUAGAAAUAAAAUCUCUGACAGGA